UUUCGGCGAUUCUCUCUGUUUCAGCAGAGAUGGAGAAUAUUAAAUCUCCAUUUGAAGGCAUAAGGGCAGAUCUUAGAGGAAGAGCGUUGUGUUACAAGCAAGACUGGAUCAAUGGCCUGCGCUCUGGAAUUAGCAUAUUGGCACCAACCACAUAUAUUUUCUUUGCCUCUGCUCUUCCUGUCAUUGCCUUUGGUGAGCAAUUGAGUAGAGACACAGAGGGAAGCUUGAGCACUGUAGAAGCAUUAGCUUCUACUGCUAUAUGUGGCAUCAUCCACUCGAUAUUCGGCGGGCAACCGCUUUUGAUACUUGGAGUUGCUGAGCCGACGGUUAUCAUGUAUGCUUAUCUCUACAAGUUUGCCAAAGGCAGGGAAGGUUUGGGGCCAGAACUGUACUUAGCUUGGGCUGGAUGGGUAUGCGUUUGGACUGCUCUGUUGCUAUUUCUCCUAGCAAUUUUCAAUGCUUGCAACAUAAUCAACAGGUUCACAAGAGUUGCAGGAGAGCUUUUCGGCAUGCUUAUCACUAUUUUGUUCAUUCAAGAGGCUAUCAAGGGAGCAGUGAGCGAGUUUAAAAUCCCGAAAGCUGAAGAUCAGAACCUGCUGAAGUACCAGUUUCACUGGCUCUACACAAAUGGGCUUCUGGGGAUUAUUUUCACCUUUGGCGUUCUUUACACUGCUUUAAAGAGCAGGAAGGCAAGAUCUUGGCUGUAUGGCACAGGAUGGCUCAGAAACUUAACUGCUGAUUAUGGGGUCCCUCUGAUGGUUUUACUCUGGACAUUACUGUCUUUCAGUUUACCGAACAAAGUUCCAUCGGGUGUGCCGAGAAGGCUCUUUAGCCCACUACCAUGGGAAUCGGCAUCCUUACAUCACUGGACUGUCAUCAAGGACAUGGGAAGGGUCUCACCAGCAUACGUGUUCGCCGCCUUCAUCCCUGCAGUGAUGAUUGCUGGUCUUUACUUCUUCGACCAUAGUGUAGCUUCGCAAUUAGCGCAACAGAAGGAGUUCAACCUGAAGAAUCCAUCUGCCUACCAUUACGACAUCUUUCUUCUAGGUUUCCUGACUUUGCUUUGUGGAUUGAUGGGGUUGCCUCCAUCCAACGGAGUCCUACCUCAGUCCCCUAUGCACACUAAAAGCCUCGCUGUCCUCAAAAGACAGCAUAUUAGGAGGAAGAUGAUCGAGAGUGCAAAGGAGAGCAUCAGGCAGAAAGAUAGCAACUCCAAAAUAUAUGGGAAGAUGCAAGAUGCUUUCAUCGAGAUGGAAAGCAGUCCAGUGAUUUCUUCAGUGGUGAAGGAGCUAGAAGACUUGAAGGAAGCAGUCAUUCAAAGCAGUAAAGGAGAUGCAGAAAAGGCUUCAUUUGAUCCUGAGAAGCAAAUUGACGCUUACUUGCCAGUCCGCGUGAAUGAGCAAAGACUUAGCAAUUUAGUACAGUCGGUCCUAGUGGCAGCCUCAGUAUGCGCCAUGCCUAUGAUUAAGCUCAUACCCACAUCAGUACUUUGGGGUUAUUUCGCGUACAUGGCCAUAGAUAGUCUUCCUGGAAAUCAAUUUUGGGAAAGAAUGCUAUUUCUCUUCAUCACUCCCAGCCGGCGGUACAGGAUCCUGGAAGGGGUUCAUGCUUCUUAUGUGGAGUCUGUGCCUUUCAAAUAUAUAGCCUCAUUCACCAUAUUUCAGUUUGUGUAUCUGUUGCUGUGUUUCGGAAUGACAAAUAUCCCGAUUGCCGGAAUUCUAUUCCCCUUGCCGUUCUUUCUUCUCAUAAGCAUAAGGCAACAUGUAUUACCCAAGUUGUUCAAUCCACAUCAUCUGCGAGAAUUAGACGCGGCGGAAUAUGAAGAAGUCACUCGUACCCCACGAUUUUCUCUCAGCCCCUCUUGCCAAGAGAGGGAAAUACCCCAUUUCGGGAGCGUGGAAGUUGGGGACGAAAAAUCCGAUGCUGAGAUUCUCGAUGAGCUGACAACCAGCAGAGGAGAGUUGAAGGUUAGGACUGUGAGCUUCACCGAAGAUGGAUGUUAUCAAGUGCAUCCAGAGGACACUAUCUCCCAGGAGUGAGAUUUCAUGACAAAGAGAUAACUAGCUCACCUUAAGAAGGUAGAGAGGUAAAGAAUGUCGUCGCGGAUUGACUUUAGACUAUUCCUAUCAGAAACAUUCCGUUAGGGAGGAAAAUGGAGGGCAAUGACUGUUCCGGAGGGGAGGAGAGACAGACCUUACUACAGUAUUUGCCCUUCCCAUAGCUUA